CAGGUACCUCUUUGAUACCUUGGAGAGUCAAUGGAGGCAAUGUUGCAAACUCUGUUGUAAUUAAAACAUAAAGAAAAAAAAAUCUUAGCUUACAUAGUCUCUCAGUAUCAUUCAAUGCCUAACAUUUCAGAAGAUGAAAAGGAGAAUGGUUCUGGAAAUAAUGGAAACACUGAAAACAAACCUGGGAAAGAAUCCCCAGAAGCUUCUCUUCACGGUCCCUUGAAGCCAUACUGCAUGUCAGACGCCUCCACUGCACCCUUGGUGUCCAGGGGAGAUGGGCAUUAUCCAUGGGGAUGUCCUGUGACUCACACACGAGAGAAAUUUUAUACCAUCUGCUCAGACUAUGCUUUUUUAAACAGAGUAACAUCUAUUUGUAAAAGCCCAAGUGCUUCAGUUAGUGCCUGUCUGUCAGGCAGUGCUGCCUUACAUGUUGGAAAUAACACACCUAGCUUACUUGGCAUUCAAACUGGUGCUUCAGAGAUAAUCUACAGUGAAGAUGCUAACUUGGAAGGCUUGCCUGGUGGUCUUGGAAAGCUUCCACUGGCAUGGGAAAUUGACAAAUCAGAGUUCAAUGGCAUGACCACAAAUCUGAAGAACAAAGCAGGCAACAUGAAGAAACAAGUGACAAAGAAAAAAUCCCUAGACAAAAAAAGCAAACAAUACAGGGAGUGUCAUCAGCGUUCUGCUCUUGAAGAUGUGAAGGAGAGGAAAGUGUUGGACCUCCGGAGAUGGUAUUGUAUUAGCCGACCUCAAUACAAGACUUCCUGUGGAAUUUCAUCCUUAGUGUCUUGCUGGAAUUUCUUAUAUAGUACACUGGGAGCUGGAAGUUUGCCACCCAUUACUCAAGAAGAAGCUUUGCAUAUACUGGGCUUUCAGCCCCCAUUUGAGGAGAUUAGGUUUGGUCCUUUCACUGGAAAUACAACUUUAAUGAGAUGGUUUAGGCAAAUAAAUGAUCACUUCCAUAUCAAGGGAUGCUCCUAUGUUCUGUAUAAACCUCAUGGGAAAAACAAGACAGCUGGAGAAACUGCUGCAGGGGCCCUUGCAAAGCUAACAUGUGGACUGAAAGAUGAAUCAAUGGCGUACAUCUACCAUUGCCAAAACCAUUAUUUUUGCCCAAUUGGAUUUGAAGCAACCCCAGUAAAAGCUAGUAAAGCAUAUAGGUUACUGGAUUUGGACUCGGGAGACCUGGGUUCAGUUCCCAGUUCAACCACAGACUUCCAAUGUGACUUUAGAGGUCGUGUCUUGCAGCAAGAAGUAGAAUAUUGGAUCUUAAUUGGAGAGCCGAGCAGAAAACAUCCAACAAUACACUGUAAAAGGUGGGCAGAUAUUGUCACUGAUCUAAACACCCAAAAUCCAGAAUAUCUAGAUAUUCGACACCUAGAGAGAGGAUUGCAGCAUCGAAAAACAAAGAAGGUUGGAGGAAAUCUUCAUUGCAUCAUUGCCUUUCAGAGACUUAACUGGCAAAGAUUUGGUCCUUGGAAUUUUCCAUUUGGAAAUGUUAGACAGGAUAAACAAUCCCAAUCACAAGGACAAGGAAUUUCCAAAUCUGAGAGUGAAGACAAUAUCUCUAAGAAACAACAUGGACGACUGGGUCGAUCUUUCAGUGCUGGCUUUCAUCAAGAAUCUACGUGGAAGAAAUCUAAUCUUCGUGAGAGGAGGAACAGUGGCUAUCAGAGUUAUAAUGAUUAUGAUGGAAAAGAUUAAAAUUAACUUUAGAUAACAGAGUUGAUAAAUUAAAGUUAGUUUUAAUCAAGACAUAUUAGGGAUCUAUUAGUCCUAGAAUACAUAUGAAUAGAAAUUAUGUUAUAAGAUACAGCUUCAUAAUUAUUAUAUAAAUCUGAUGAUACCAUUUCAGUGGAUGAGGUCUGAUGUAUAAACUGACAGAUAAGCACAGAUGAUUAUACUUUUGCAAUCAAAAGUAAAUAUGGAGGCAAAAUCAAUCAUUUAUUUUGAAAUAACUGUAUUAUGUCCUGAUCCAUGAAAACAAAAGAACAGACUGAAAUUAGUCAAUAUAAUAAACAGACUUCAUUGAAAGUACUUAGUAUUCAAAGCAUGUAAAUUUAUGAUAGGACUUUAUAAAAAGGGUUAUUCUGCAAAUGGUGUAAGGAUGAAAGUAAACCUUGCCUUCCUUUUUAAGACUCCAUUUUAUUAAGGCUGCCCAUAUCCAGUGAAAAG